GGAAUUGGCGAAUCGACAAAGAUUGUCGGUUUCCGACGCGUGACAACCAUCCCACGCACGACUGCGCCAUGAGGCCGCCAAGAAGGAAGAAUACGAUCCCACAGGCCGUCGUGGAAUCUAAUUCGCCCCCCUCGGAACCGAACAGAUCAUCUCCUUUUGGUAUCCCACCCCCUCGGCCUUGCCUGCAUGUCCCUCAGCCCUAACUUUCCACCCGCUCGGGAUCCCGGGUUGCUCCGGCUUGGCUGAUAGCGCGAUCCAGCCCCAUCAAAUUCUCAGCCCUUUGAGCCUCGAGCAAGGCAGAAAAUAGCACAUGCCCCAGCCCCUAUUGGAAGGAAGCUGCCUUGAGCUGAAAGCGGAUCCAUCAAAGAACCAGCACCCCAAAAGGGGCUGAUCUCAGGUCCUUUCUCGCUUGUCCAAUCUCAUCAGAUACGCAGGUACGCUUGCCGCGAGGCGCAAGCUGGCGCCUGAUCAACGAAUGAGGGCCCAACAGCGGCGAGUCCUGGUCCUCGAGCCCUCUCGUAACACGUGUGGCGCGGCCCGCCACAGCUCGGCUACGAUUCCAGCCGCGCCCCUUCAUCCUUACACAUGACAGCUAGAGACGCCCUGGCACUGGACGAUGCUUGGAGGAUUAUCCCUCGUGUCUAGCCCAUCCGUUUUGGGGGUGGCUCAAGAUCUUCUGCCCGCCGCGCCGCCCCUGUUCAUGACUCCUAGCCGACACGUCAACCUCUGGGUGUUCAGAGGGAUUUUGAUCGCUGCCUAGGACAACAGGAGUCUCGGUGUUCAGCUCUCGGGCCUUCGCAGGGGCUAGUUCGGUGUGAGGACAUGGAAAGGGUGCCAGAUCCGAGGGAUGUCAGAAGGCAUUCUCACGCGCGGCCUCCAAGGAUAGGUAGGAACAUAUCUGAAGAGCCUAGGAUAGAUAUCUAUAUAAGGCGGCAUGGGCUUGGCGAGGUUGAGGUUUUUUUCCCAGACUAUCCAGCUCAAUUCCAAAAAGAUACACACUGCUAUUCCACGCACAAAGCUUUCGUAUCAGUUUUACCCAUGUAUAAACUAUUCUGGAGCGCCCUCGCGGCGACGGCGACGGCCCUGCCCAGCGCCGUCUCCGCCACCAGCAAGAACACCACGUGCCAGGUGGUGGCCGCGGAGAUGCCGGGGAGGGUCAUCUUCCCCUCGGACGACGCGUACAGCGCAAGCCAGGGGUCGUAUUUCGCCGGCCAGGCGCGCGACAUGAAGCCCGGCUGCAUCUUCAUGCCGACGACGACGGACGAGGUCAGCCGGUUCGUCAGGACCGUGGGCGCGCGGACGGGGCCCGACGCCAAGUUUGCGGUGCGCGGCGGCGGCCACACGCUGUGGAAGGGCGCGGCCAACAUCGACAACGGCAUCACCGUCGACAUGCGACACAUGAGCGGCGUCGUGCUCAGCGCCGACGGCUCCGUCGCCAGCCUCGGCCCGGGCGGCCGCUUCGGCGACGUCUACCACAGCCUCAAGCCGCACAACCUGACGGUGAUGGGCGGCCGCGUGCCGUCCAUCGGCGUCGGCGGCUUCCUGACCAGCGGCGGCAUGACCUUCUUGUCGCGGCGGCACGGCUUCGCCUGCGACAGCGUGCUCGGCUACGAGAUCGUGCUGGCCAGCGGCGAGGUGCUCGGCAACGUCACGCAGGCCUCGCACCCGGACCUGUGGCUGGCGCUCAAGGGCGGGAUCAACAACUUUGGCAUCGUCACGCGCUUCGACGUGGCCACGUACCCGUCGGACAGCAUGUGGUACGACGUGGUGCGGUACAACUACAGCGAGGGGGUGCUCAAGGCCCAGGCUCGCGAGUUCAGCCGCUUCAUGAGCCCAGGCGCAUCCUUCGACCCGGACGCCAUGAUGGGUAUCUUCCUCGACUACGCCGGCGGCAACUUCUUCGUCCGGGACACCCUGUGGCACACGGGCGGCGUCGCCAACCCGCCCGUCUACAAGCCCUUCAGGGACAUCCCCAACCUCGGGGGCUCGGGCAAGCUCCUUGCUGUUGCUGACGUCGUGGACACCUUCGGCGCAGACAUCCCUGCAUCUACCUCUCGCGCGUUCCAGCUCGACUGGUCCUUUGUCAACCCGCCCGCCGAGGUGUACAUGGAGCUGUUCAAGAUCUGGGAGGACGGGGUCAAGACACUCUCGGACGUCGAGGGCUUCUUUGUCGAGUUCCUGACGCAGCCGCAGUCGGUGGUGGCAAAGGGCACGCCGAGCCUGUUCGGGCUCGAGCCCGGCCGCACCGACAACGCCAUGAUGCUGAUGACGGCGGGCUACGCCAGCGCGGCCGACGACGAGCGCGUGCGCGUUGGCAUCCUCGGGAUUGUGCGCGCCCAGCGCGGCCUGCUCCGCCGCAAGGGAUACCUGCUCGACUUUAUCUACGCUAACUACGCCGACAAGUCCCAGGGGGUCUACGAGAGCUGGGGCGCCGACAGUGUCACCAAGCUGCAGGCUGCCAGCCGCAAGUACGACCCCCAGGGCGUCUUCCAGAAGAGGGUCCCUGGAGGUCUCAAGGUUUUCUGAAAGAUCUACUGGGUGUCCUUUUUACGCUACAUUUAUUUAAUCCCUGUAGACCAUUUCUUUCCUCUUCAUUUGUAAUGCGCGGCAUAAUUUCUUUGUCAUAAGUCGUGGCACCCCCUAUUCGAUUGCCUUUGAUGAGGGAAGGCUAGGGGGCAUCGACAUGGGAACUUGUACUAGAAUCUAAUAAAAAACCAAAAAAAAACCCGAUUUGGGCAUGGCACUCGGCAACGGGACCAGCAAAAAAACACAAAUCAAUUUCUAGAAAAAUCUCCAGCUCAUUGGACAGCA